AUGCGGCGGGAGAGUAUGAGCCCGUCUUCGUCUCGGUCACCGUCUUCUGAAGAGAAGGAGGAGACAGAAUAUUUGCCUGAUGAGGAGUUACCCUCAGAGGAGGAUGUCGAAGGUCUCGAAGAAGCCGUGCCACAGGAGGAGGAGGAGAUCCAUGAUGAGUGUCUCGAGAAGUAUCAGGAGGUUCAUGAGGACGCCAUGGAAGAGAUGCGUUUGCCCCUAGAGGUCGUAGAAGAAGCGCGGCAGGCCUUGAACCACUUUAUCAGCUUGUCCAACCGUGAUGCUGCAGGUGAGGCGAUCUAUGCCGCGAUUUUUGAUUCGGCUCCUUCCUUGCACUCCUUCUUCAAGACACCCAGGUCGGUGAUGGCCAUGCGGUUUAUGAACGGAGUUGUGACGCUGAUGAGCGUUGCUCAUGACCCAGCUGCCCUCAAGCUUGAGGUGGAGUCCGUGGGCUUCCGGCACCUCGAGCGGGAGGUGACACCUUCCAGGGUGGCCAUCUUCCGUGACGCGAUCGUGGAGUUGUUGGACAUGGAGCUACCGAAUGGCCUCUGCACUAAGGCCAAACUUGGUAUUCAGGCCAUCCUGAACUAUUGUGGCGGAGGUUACAUCUACAUCCGCAAAAACUAUUCCGCGCGGAUCAAGAUCAUCCAAAGGAGUUGGCGAAUUGCCAACAACAAGGCCGGCGAUGAAGAGGAAGAGGAGGAACAGGCGAAGGAGCAGGAUGAGCAGGUAGACAAAGCAGCGGAGGGAUCCGUUGCAGACUUCAUCAAGUCCAAGUCAGACGAUCUUCCUCUUGGCAAAGAUGAAACAGGCCGCAGCCGCUCCAAGUUCAAGUCCGAGAGCUCCAUGUCGACGGCGGCCACGGAGCUCAAGGUGUCGAUCGGCCGGCCGGUCGCCUGUGCAGAUUUAGAAGCAGAUGAUGAGUCAUUUGCCGUGGGUGACAUGGUUUUGAUCCAGACGGGGAAGUACAAGUCCUGCCAGGGUGAAGUGAUCCAAAUCUCUUCCAGUUCCAAAGUGAAGGUGCGCCGCCGCUGUGGCGAUGGCCGCAAGGGUGAUGGGAAGACGUGGUGGUACAAGCCUGGGCAAGUGGAAGAGAUCGAUGACUCUGAAGAGGAGGAGGAGCCGGUGGAGCCGCAGGAGGCUUUGCCAGACAUCUCUCUCAUCAUGGAUGAUGACUUCCGGUCCAAGCACAAGCUCUGUGAUCGCUACAAGGACCUGCCUCCCGUGGAUCCCCGGGCCACACCGCCUCGCCUGAAUGGACGGCCCGUGGUCCGGCGCGGGCAGAGCUUUCGACUCCAGCUGCAGCUGUCUGCGACGAAGUCAGCUGAUGUUCGACUCUUGCAGGGCGGUCAGAUGGGCAAAGCAGAGCUUCGAGGAGGUGAAAUCCAUGUGGAGAUUCCUGCUUGGGCACCCGUCGGGGAGUAUGAGGUGCUAGCUCUCGACUCGAAGGACGCUACCCUGGCCACCUUUGGCUUCAUCGUGAUCUUCAACCCCUUCAGCUGUCCCUCUUGCCCAGAGUACUCAGAUCAGCACCAGGAGUAUUUAGAUGGCAAUGAAGGUUUACUCUUCCAGGGCCUCUCAGAUCAUUACACGGCCAACCAUUGGUACCACGAGCCCUUCCGAGCCGCUAAUUUGCUCAUUGCCCUGAAGCUCCUGGAUUGGCUGCCCAUGAUGCUCCGGGGCGACUUGACGGCGGUCACACGGUACCUCACGAAUGCCGUGGGCGACAAGGUUUGCUUUGGGAAAUGGGGUGAAGGAGACUAUGCUGGUGGCAAACCUGAUUGGGGCUACAAGUGCAGAUCGAAAAAAUACGUCAAGCGUCGUGCAGAGAAGUGGGCGCAUACAUGUCAUGACCCGACAUCUUGGACUUCAUCUUCACCGAUCCUGGAGAAGCAUUGGGGCUUGGUGCAAUCCGGUGUGCCAUCAGCCGUUCAAUACUGCCAAUGCUUUGUGUUCUCUGGUGUCCUCACGACCAUUGGUCGAACCUUGGGCAUCGCCACGCGUUCCGUCACCAACUUCCAAUCCGCGCACGACGUGAACUCCGAUCGGGGCGUCUCCAAGUUCUUCUUCACGACUCCAACGGGCGUUUGGGAACCGGUGGAAUUCUCAGAUACUUUGUGCCCUGCCUGGUGCGAAAGCGCCAAGAAGGCCAAGAAGAAGAAGUGCAACCUCAAACGCUGCUCUUCAGCGUUGCGCAGAGGUGUUGGCUUCACUGGCCGCUGCAAGGCAUGCAUUCCUUGUGUGCCAUGCGAAAGUCGGGAGGACAGCAUCUGGUCUUUCCACGUCUGGAAUGAGAUGUACUAUGCACGUGGGAAUGGGCAGGAAUGGCAGGCCUUGGACGCUACGCCGCAGGAGAUGUCGGGUGGCAAGUUCCAGAUGGGACCUGCCUCGGUCCCCGAGGUGCGGCACGGCAAGAGCGAUUGCUAUGAUACCGACUUUGUCAUUGGAGAAGUCAACGGUGAUACCAAGCUUUAUGUCUACCAGGUGCCAAACUUGGAUGAAGACACAAAGCAAAAGGCCAUUGAGAAGGGCGAGUUCAUGUUACACUCAGGAGACCCCUUGUUCCUGGGCAUUCGCUGGUACAUGGAUCCCUUUGGAGAUCCCUACAACACCGUUGGCUACAAGGUGGUCACCAAGAAGCCUGGACAAAUUGCCAAGUCCUGCUGGAAAAAUCCAAGUGACUGUCAGGAUGAAGAGUUGGACUUGACACCCUCUUACAAGCAAUGCCCACAUGCUGAGGGCCGCCAGCCUUUCUGUGCAGCUGGCUAUUCCAAAACCAAGCCACAAUGUGCUGAGCCUGGAGCAGAUGAAGAAUCAUUGCUGCAGCAAGAAGAUGAAAUGUUCCAAGAAGGAAACAGCUCAUAUCAGGUGGUUCAUCGGAGCCUUCAUGAGUUGACUGGCGACUCCGACGAUGUGAAGGCAGAGUUCAGUGCCUUUGUGCCCAAGACCAUUGAGCUGGACCAUGAUUUGCCUUUGCAGAUCACCUUCACGAACACAGGUUCCGAGCAGCGCACCGUGCGGAUCGCCAUCACCUCGCUGGGCUGCGACUAUCGGGGAAUGCCGGUGAUUACCAUGCAGACGAGACGGAAGAAGUAUGCCAUGAAGCUGCCCUUGGAUGGGCUCGAGACUCUGUUGCAGCGGGAAGUGGAGCUGGGGCCAAGGGAGACGAAAGUGUUCCAGCACGUGGUGCCUGCGGAGAACCUGAGCGGAGAGCUCUUGGAGACCCUGGAGGUGAACGCGGCGGAGGGUACCUUCUUCCUCCAGUUCCACGUCUCAGCCCACGUCCUUGAGACUGGGCAGACCUUUGGUCAUCAGCCCCGCAGGCACCUGGUGGAGGUGCCUACGACUUUUGCUGAGAUGUUCCUCUUCAAUGCGGCAGUGAUGGGUUUCAGCAACAGUAUUUGGAUGCAGCUUGUGCUGGACCAGUUCGACAACAUCGUGACCAACGUGGCGAACUCUUAUCGCCUCCAAGAAGAAUGUGAUGUGCUCACCCUGGUCCUGGCCAAGCAUCGAGGUCCCAUCAAGCUCCCUGAGUUCAAGGCUGUGACCCUGGCCUCCCUGCGCUCCUUGCUGCCACAGGACUGGGAUACGCACCAUGAAGUGGCCUGGAAUUGGCUUUGGGAGAACGUGGAGCGGAUGUUGCGCUUGCAAAUCAACCCCAAGGCCUACGACAUGGCGUUGGAGAACUUUGUGUUGUCCUUGGAUGAGAAGACCUUGAUGACUUUACGGAGAGGCAUCUACGCGGAGUUCUUCGCCACGGCUCCAGCGGGACAGGACUUCUUCAAGCAGUCCACGACAAGGCUUUUCUUCAUCGCUGACAAGGUCAUCGAGAUGACCACGGGCAUCUUCAAAGACCCUCGGACCAUGGUCGAAGAUAUCUCAGCGCUGGGCCUCCGUCACGUGGCCUAUGAGAUCCCCACGGAGCUCUUUUCACCCUUCGUGAGUGCAGCGGUACAGGUCAUGUCUGGCCUCACCACCGAUGAGACGGCCUCCAGUGCCUUCCGCUGGUCUUUGACCUUGGUCUCCAAGAUUUUGGUCCGCACCUGCCUUGAAGGCUCCACCAUUGUCAUGAAGGCCAUCAACACCAACGAGCAGAAGGCGCUGCAGAAAGCCAUUGCGGUGGCGCCCCGCGGCAAGCGGGCCAUGGAGCUCUUGGAAAUCCGAGUUGGGACCCAGACCAUCUCGCCCUUGUACUGGGCGCUGGAAAGCGGCAGCUUGAACUCCGCCAAGGCGAUGAUCACGGACUUGCUCACCAUCCGCGCGGACCGGGACAACUAUUACUACGGAUGCGACGAUCUCUUCCGGCGCCACCCAGAAGUGAUGCACAAGCUUUGUGUCGAAGCUCCGACCUUGCUGACCGUCUUGCUGGACGGCCUGCUGUGGCGCUCUCGGAAGUCGCUACGAGGAACCCGUCGUGUGAACUACUUUGUGAAGCAUUUGCUGCAAGAUGACAAGAGACAAUUCAACCAGGCGUUGGAGUGGCUCGUGGAAUUCAAGGAUCCGAAGGUCAUCAGCCAUUCCGUGGUUGCUCUCUUUACAGAUAUGCUUUGGAGUCGUUUGGCCAUCUACUACUUCUUGCUUGGGAGGUUGUACUUCCUCUCUACCCUCUGCGUUUUUGCGGUCAGUCAGGCGAUCCUACCAUCUGCAGAACCGACUGAACAGGAGAAUGUUUUAGUGUUUGUUUGCCGUUGCUACAUUUACCUCGGCAGCAUGUGCUUUCUUCUGGUGCGUCAACUGCGCUUGUGCUACAGGGACGUGAAAGAUCGGAGCUUUAGCAGGCCGUUUGGUGUUCCUGUACCCGAACACAUGUGCAGCAUCACAGGGAUGGGCUACAUUGCGCUGUUUUGGACUCUGCUGGUGAUGUGCACUCAGGAGCCCAUCUUGUGGUGUUUGGGCGACGAGGGGCUGCUCUUCAACACCACGUGCCCCAAGGGUUUGGAACGAGCUGAUGCCUAUGCUGCCUUAUCCUGUGUGGCGAUGCUUCUCUACUGUGGUUUGGUCCUGGAUCUCAGCAUCCUUUCGAUGAGGCUGUCAGCCUUCGUGCUGGUCUGCGGCGGGGUCAUCGCAGAGGUGGGCCUCUUCUUGAUGGCGGCGGCCUUUCUGAUCAUCUCCUUUGCCUUGGGUAUUUCCUCUCUCUCACAUCAGAGCUCAGGCUUUGAAGGCCUUGACCGUUCUGCCUAUGCACUCUGUUCCAUCAUGCUGGGGAUCUUGCCAUCUUACCACCUGGACGACAUGCAGGAGCAUGUGGGCGUCGUCAUUACGGUCGCAAUCUUUGUCAUUUUCAUUUCAAUCUUUUUGUUGAAUCUCUUGGUGGCACAGCUGAACCAAGCGUACCAGGUGAUUUUCCCCGAUAUGCAAGGCUAUGCACGUCUCACACGAGCCUCUGUGAUCGUGUCUGUGGUCGAGCAGGCCGCGCAACCUCGUUGGAACCGAUUCCUCGACAGCUUGAAGUUAGAGCACAAGCUGGAGUUCGAGGAGGGCGACGUCGGCAUCGCAGGUGGUAUUCAAGUGACCGAGCCAUCUUGGGCGCACCCGACCACGGUGGAUUCCAUUGUACGAUUCGGUGGAUCAACCUCCACCAACAUGCCAUGGCCAGAGGAUGAUCGCCUCUACGGCGAUGAUGAUCGUUUCGAGCGUUUGGAGAAGUUGAUUGUGCGGUGCUCCAAGGGAAAGAAGAGCCGAUCGAAGCUCUCGGGAACAGGUGACACCUCCUCAAGAAUGGAGAGUGGAGGAGGUUCAAUCAAGUCCGGCUCCUCCAAUGACUCCGACUAG